CACACCUGCACCAUCAGGAGAACCCCGUCUGUGGCCUCGGGUCAGUUUGAUUCACACCUCUGACCACUGACUCCAAGUUUAAAGCUAAACGUUUGAGACUUUUACGCACAAGAUUCGAAACAGAUUGAUGGAAUAUUUUUAUAAGGACAUUACAUAACACUACAUCCGGUCAGAGAUUCACAGCAGAGGCGUAAUAAUCUGCCCGGUAUUUGUUGAAUGAAAACGAGGGUGCAGUUGUUUUGUGUCUCUUUAUGCGCCGUGCGUUCUUCUCCUCGUUGAGUUGCAUGGAGCGGUGCGUCAGAACCCUCCCCUCCCGGGCGCUCCCUGUGCUGCAAAACCAACUCGUCCUUUGAGCGCCAAUGGGAAGGUGGCACAACAGGUAGGCGUCCUCUAACUAGCUGCUUCUCACGGAUCAGUCAACCGGUGCUUUUCGGCAAAACGAGUGGACCGAGCAGCCCACGAGCUUCCGAGAACCCGAGGCCCAACUUUACGCAGUGGUUUCCCCAAAGUGCCUGGAGCGGCGGCUGCUUGAGAGGAGACGAGUCCCAGAGAGCCGGUGUGAGAUGUUUCCUGAUUAAUCAAUUGGGGAUCAAUCACUGGAAGACUCGCACAUUUGUGACAUCAGGCGCGUGGGCAUCUUUCUGUGCAUACUAUGUAAAAGCUGCCAAAUCGUCUCCUCCAAUAACCGUGCUGGGGAUAAAGACUCACUGAGACACAGCGGACAAAGAGGUCAGACAUCCCUUCUGACCCUGAUCAUCUGCAGCAGGACAUGGAGGUCCUGCGGAGGUCUUCUGUGUUCGCCGCAGAGGUCCUGGACGUGUUUGACCGCUCGCUGACAGAGAAGGAGGUGGUGUCUCAGUCCAAAGCCCUGUGCAGGGACUACAUCUUGUCCAGGCUCAACCACAACGGCCUGGGAUGGUCCGAGUCCGAACUCAACCUCUCUCCCUCAAAUGCGGCGCUCGCCGAGGUUUCUCUGGUCCUGCUCUGCCUUGGCGACGAGCUGGAGUGCAUACAGCCCUCUUUGUACAGGCACGUGGCGCGGCAGCUCAACAUCUCGGUCGCCAUGGAGAGCAUGGUUUCGGAUGCCUUUAUCGGCGUGGCGACGGAGAUCUUCGCGACAGGUAUAACAUGGGGUAAGGUGGUAUCCAUGUUUGCAGUGGCUGGAGCUCUGGCAGUGGACUGUGUCAGACAAGGACGUGGGACCAACGUACAAAUCAUAGUGGACAGUCUGGGACAGUUUGUCCGCAAGUUCCUGGUUCCUUGGUUGAAGAGACGCGGAGGAUGGGCAGAGCUCACAAAAUGUGUAGUAAAGAAAGAACUCAUUCCUGAACAGCCGUGGUUGUCGUCUGUCGUCGAGUCCCUGAAGUACUUCCUCACCACGAUGUACGUCUAUAUCAUGAAGGAGCCAUGAACAAUCGAGACGGAGCGCACAGGAGCCAGGGUGUGAUUUGGAGAGUGAGAUCUCAGACUUAUCAACAAAAAGAUGGUUACUGUGCUCGAUGGGGACUCGGCCCGCCCGCAGAUAUCGGUCUGUUGCUGAAGGGCCACCAGCAAAUGUUUCAUCAGCAUCAUGUCCGUGUCGUCUCGGGGGUCCGAUGGGUGUGCAGGUGAUUACCCUUCAUCCAAAGAGUAGUCACCGUGAUAUUUAAGGGCAUAAACGGAAAGGUACAAGUGUGUCUCACUUCGCCUCCUUAGUAUAUUUUCACUCUGCUCACACCUGUGCAGUAAACCAGGCUUCUCCUAUGUUGUGACUGUGAUGUUCAGUGAGCUGCUGUGGGAGGCUGUUCAUACUCCUGAGGUAAACAGUUGUAUGUUGUGAUGUCAAGUUUUGCUCAGGAUAUUACAUUAAGCCGGACGCCUGUCAAGUAAUGAAAGUGGAUGAUCAGCGGGCUGAGUCUCAGGGUGUUUUCACUCAGAAGAGCAAUAUCAGGUGGUAUCAAAUGCACUUUUGUACUUGAUGAAAGCACAGUGGGUCUCUUUCCUGCUAUGACCCAACAUGGUGUGACCUGGUGCAGUUUUAGACACGAUUCAUCCAGAAAUGUCAGGUCUCUUUGUGCCCAUUUCUGGCCGAGGAGUGAUACAUACUGACUGCACAUGUUUUGGCCGGUAUUCAUUUUCUUUUUAAUCUGUAAAUAGUUUAUUUAUGAUUUUAUAUUUUUAUUAAAGUUUAAAGAGACGAUUGUAUAGCUCAUUGGAAUGAUUGUGUGAUCUGCCUGCUGGUAAUUACUGUGUUAACUUAUAAAUGUGUCUGAAAGUUUUUUUUAUUUUAAUCCACAAUAAACUUAAAUCUUCAGACAUGAAA